AUGGAAAACCGCUUUCCGGACUCGGUAUGGACUGUUCGAAUACUUGGUGAUGCCCUCGGACUCACCAACGCACCCGCCACCUUCCAAGCUUUUAUGAACGACACCCUCCGGGCCCACCUCGAUCACUUCUGCACGGUGUACCUCGACGACAUCCUGAUCUACUCGAACACGGAGAGGAACACCAGCGACCUGUCAACACCAUCCUGGACAAACUGCAAGCGGUGGGGCUCCACUGCAAGCCGGAGAAGUGCGAGUUCCAUGUCAAUCGCGAUACAGGAGUGGAAAACACCUACCUCGGUACACGACAUACAGGUCUUUUUGGGGUUCGCAAAUUUCUAUCGGAGAUUCAUCCGCGAUUACUUCAAGGUGGUAUCCCCAAUGACGAACCUGUUAAAGAAGGACGCCCAGUUUGUAUGGACCCCCGCCGCGGACCAUGCCUUCAACCAAUUAAAAGAAGCUUUCACCACGGCACCAAUACUGAAGCAUUUCGACCCCGAACGGGCCUGCACACUGGAAACCGAUGCCUCUGAUUUUGUCGCGGCCGCCGUACUCUUCCAGAAGGACGACCAAGGAAUCCUACACCCAGUGGCCAUUUACUCCCAUAAGAUGACGCCAGCCGAAUGCAACUACGACAUCUACGACAAGGAGCUGCUGGCGAUUGUCCGUGCGUUUGAAGAAUGGCGAAAGUACCUGGAACCGAGCAACCAGGAGAUCACGGUAUACUGCGACCACAAGAACCUGGAACACUUUAUGUCCACGAAGAUUCUUAACCGUCGCCAAGCUCGCUGGUCCCUAACGCUGUCUUCCUUCAACUUUGUGGUUACCUACCGACCGGGUACGAAGAAUGGAAAACCUGAUGCCCUUACACGUCGAUCUGGAGAUCUCCCUAAGGAAGGGGAUGAAAGACUGACCCAACAGCAUCAGGUUAUACUCAAGCCAAAGAACCUCCGUCUAGCCGCCGCACUAGAGGUCUCCAGACCCGCCAAGGUAUCACCCGCCCAUCAAGAAGAACUGCAGGCUGCUUUGGCCAAUGACCCGCUGUCCAAACAAUUGAUGAAAGACAUUAUCGCAAGGAAAAAACACUCUCGCUUCCUUCCCAUCGGGGAAUGCGCAAUCAGGGAUGGGUUACUGUACUAUCAGGGCCUACUAUAUAUCCCCGACAACGCCACUAUCAAGCUGGAGAUCCUCCGCACCAACCACGACGCACCUUCGGCUGGACACCCGGGACGUGCCCGUACGCUGGAACUCAUGUCACGAAACUACUACUGGCCCCAAAUGCGAAAGUACGUUGCCCGCUACGUGGACCACUGCGACACUUGCACCCGGAUCAAGCCGGCCCGACACGCCCCUUAUGGCCUCCUCAAACCUCUCGCUCCCCCAGUCAAACCCUGGUCCUCGUUGUCAAUAGACCAUGUCACCGGCCUACCAGAGUCCCAAGGAUCCAAUGCCAUCCUCGAUAUAGUAUCGGACAGGGGCAUGACCUUUACAUCGCAGUUCUGGAAAGCACUGUGCAACCAAUUGGACAUCCAACCUCGAUUCAGUACCGCCUUCCACCCACAAACCGAUGGACAGACCGAAAGAGUAAAUGCGAUUAUGGAACAAUACUUGCGGGGAUACGUCAACUACCAACAGGACAACUGGGCAGAAUUCCUCCCGCUGGCAGAGUUCGCGUACAAUAAUGCCACCACGGAGCCCUUAGGGGUUAGUCCCUUCUUCGCCAACUACGGGUAUAAUCCACAACUAGACAUCCUACCCACCGAAGAAAGACACGAUGCCACGCCGAAGGAAGUAUUAGAGUUUGCCAAUUCGAUCACCACCCUACAGACCGCAUUGCGAUCUGAGAUCCUGUACACCCAAGCCGCCGCUGCCGAUAGCGCCAACACCACCCGACUCCCCGAACCACGACUAGAAGUGGGGGAUCUGGUAUGGUUGUCGCGAAAACACAUACGAACCACGCGGCCAUCGGACAAGUUGGACCAUAAACGCUUAGGGAAAUUCAAAAUACUCGAGCGCAUUGGAUCUCAUGCUUACCGACUGGUGCUUCCCACAUCAAUGAAGUCUCAUCCAGUAUUCCACGUCUCCCUGCUAGAACCCGCCCGAACGCAACCUCUUCCUGGCCAUAUACAACCACCCCCGCCGCCGGUAAUCGUCGAAGGGGAAGAGGAAUUUGAAGUGCAGGAGGUGCUAGACUCGCGGAUACGUCAUCGGCAACUACAAUACCUGGUCAAAUGGACAGGCUACGAACAACCCACCUGGGAACCCGCUCGGAACCUCGAUGCGGAGUUAGGAUCGCUGCAACGUUUUCAUUCCCUGUACCCUACCAAACCCGCCUUAGUUCCUAAGAGGACCCCAUGGGGGAAGUCCACGUUACGUCUGCUGUCCCUCCUGCCCGGUGCGUCCACUGUGAUGAUCUUCGCCGCCUCCCUACCCCUCGCCGCGUUCUCCUCGGUUAACCCGCCGACCGCCGUUAUCUCCGUCCUCGUACGGACCGUUACCUCUGUCCUCGUACAGACCUUCGUCACUGCCCUCUCCUCUGUCCUUGCACAGACCGCCGUCCCUGCCUUCGGGUAUACCCCUGCACCCUCCUUCGUCCUCGUGCGAGGCCAGCCCCUUCCCUCUGGGAACCUAGCCAUGUCCCUCGACCCCCCAGCUUCUACCUCGCCCAUGGUUCUUUACACUGCCAGGAUGAAGGGGCUCCACUAUGGCUAA